CGCGUCUCUCUAGCUUGGCCACCCGCCCGCAGCCCCGCCUCCUGACCCCGGCUGAAGUUUUCCCUUUCUCUACGUGCGGAGGGCUUUUCCCUUCUGAUUCUUUAUUUGCCUCCCGGGUUCUUUCUCCUGGCCAGUCUCUCACCUCCGGAGGAGCGCAGAGUACUUUUCCCCUUGGCCCUGGAGCACGGUUGCCAGUGCACCGUGUGAUCCGUGCUCUGGGCUGCGGGCGCCUCUGUGCCUUGUGCUCCUCUGAUUGCGAGGCCGCCCGGGCCAGAGUUUGGGGCGUGCGUCUGGUAGCGCCCGCCAAGCUCCCAACUUCUGAGAAGACGCGGUCUGGCAGCUUUGAGCUCUGAGUAUUCUGAACCUCACCAAGCUCGGAAAGGUCAAGAAAGAGAAUCUGCUUUGAUCUAUGGCCAUUUUGCUGCUUGCAACCGUGUUCCAUCAUGUUCUCUCCUGGUGAUGUCACAUGGAGCACAAAGGUCCAGGUCGGCAGAGAGCCAGGCUACAGAGAGUGGUGAGGCAUUCUGGAUGGAUGGCUGUUGGAAACCCAUUGCCAUAGCCAGCUCUUCUUCAGUCCUGGAGGAUUUUUCCUGGCAUUGAGUAAUGACAAUUUCGAAACCAUAUUUGAGAAGUACUUCCAUCCAGUGCUGCUUGUGUUUAUUGCUAAACAGUCAUUUUUUACCCGAGGCUGGCAUUCCUGUCUUCUUCUUCAGCUGUAUCAGUGUAGGUCUUCCUGAAACAGAAGCCAAUUGGCAUGAUGUAAUUAGUGAUUUGAAAAGAAUUGAAGAUCUUAUACAGUCUACCCAUAUUGAUGCUACUUUAUAUACUGAGAGUGAUGCUCAUCCCAAUUGCAAAGUCACAGCGAUGAAGUGCUUUCUCCUGGAGCUACGAGUUAUUUCACAUGAGUCCCGAGACAUGGACAUUAACGAGACGGUACAAAACCUUAUCAUUCUAGCCAACAGCAGUUUAUCUUCUAAAGGGAACGUAACAGAAUCUGGGUGCAAAGAAUGUGAGGAACUGGAAGAAAAAAGUAUUUCUGAAUUUUUGCAGAGUUUCAUCCAUAUCGUGCAAAUGUUCAUCAACUCUCCUUGAUUGAGACAGAUCCUAUGCAGUGUUUCCAUUAUUAAGCAAUGCCUUUCUGCUGAUUACAGGCAACAAAACACAUUUCAAACGAGCUGCUAAAACAAGUUUUCCAACGAGAAGAUGGGCAGGAUCUUGGAUUAAAUGUUCUCCUGGAAAUAAAAGGCAGAAAAAUGACUUUUAAUAUCAUAGUGACUAUGAACUUUUUUUCAUAGUUUGCUAAUCUGUUUUUAAUUUAUUAAUUGUACAUAUUUUCCACAUAAUGAAGAUGUUCAAUAAAAUUGUGUGUAUAUUUUAUCAUUUGAAGUUGUAUUAAUAUUUUAUCUCUUAUAGAAAAAUAGAGGGCAUCUACUAAAGGGUGAAUGUUAAAUGAUGUAAUAGCUGGUGGGGCUGAGUACCAGUGCUGCAGGUCAACAACUUUGAUGGAAUGGUCCUUCUAGGGUGGACCCACCAACAAGGAAUCCUCAGGGACCUCCUGGGAGUAGCCCCAGGGGAGGCAUUGACUACCAAGGAAGAAAAGAGGAGACAUGCCUCAACCCUGAUGCUCCACUUCAGAAUGUAGCUAUUGAUACACAGAGUACUUGCCAUGUAAGAAAAUACAAUGCAUAGCAUGAAAUAGGAGGUAUUAAAUCAUAAGUACAAACAGCAAUAGUAAGUGGAAGGAUAUAUAGUAAAUUUAUUGUUCCAAAAUAAUUUUACCUCAUGCUUUCCAAAUAUGGGAAUUUUAUUUUCACAUUAUUUUUUGUCGUGUUUUUAGGGUAAAACAAAAUCUAAUCAUUGGCUGGAGUCAACAUUAUGUAACAGAAAAUAGUUGUAAUUUCUGUGUAUAAUUUGUUAUAACUGUUAUUUAUAAAUAUAUACUAAAAUAUGCACUAAGAUUUGCUAAAUUCUCUAGUGUUUCUAUUUGUGCAGAGUAAGAAAAUGCAGCAAUUUAAUUCUGACUUUUCCUAUUGAAAUAUUAAGGAAAAGUUAAUGUUCCCUUGUGCGAUUAGAGUGAGGGAAGGAAAGCCAUAAUGCAAUCAUACUGUCAAUAUUUUAUAGUGAUCAAUAGCUGCUUUGAUUAGAUAAGCACAAGCAGGUUUUAAAUUCGAAGUGAACCUCAGUUCAGAUUUAUAAUUAUUUUCAUGUCAUUAUUUUAAUGGCUUAUUUUAUUUGAUCUCAGGACCCUCAAGUCGUGGAUCUACAAUUUCUUAAAAUAUUCUUAGUUAACUUAAGA